CUGCGUCGUCCUCCUACCGCUCGCUUUGACCGCAAAUUGUGGUCCAAUGCGAUUCCUAGGAAUUCCGUGCCUGUACGCGUUACUAGCCUCGGCGUGUUCUAGUAUCGAGAGAUCUUGCGGCCCAAUCGUAGGCAGGCAUUGCGUGCGAUCUGCAGCGAUUGGUCAAAAAUGACUGGUGCGAAUUUCGAUUGGACCGGCGGGUGGCCAACCAAUAGUCCAAGGAAAGAAUCAUCCCAAGCAUGACUUCGUCCCCGGAGAAGCAGCAGCCCACGCCGGCCGCGGACGAGACCCGCAGCUCGUUCCUCAAGGUCUUCUGGGACUUGGCCGAGCUGAAUGUGGCGACGCGGACGGCGGCCGUCGAGGCCAUCGUGAGCCACCUGCGCACGGCCAACGACGCCGACGAACUCAACUACACACUGAAGCGCCUGAUUCGCGGCUUGGCCUCGUCGCGCGACGCGGCGCGUCAAGGCUUCUCGACCGCGCUGACCGCGGUGCUGCAUGCGUUCCCUUCGCUGGAUCUGGCCGAGGUCUUUGCGACGAUCAAGUCGACCAUGGACAUUUCGAGCUCGAUGAAGGGCAUGGAGCAGCGCGAGCACAUGUUUGGCCGCCUCUUUGGUAUCCUCGCCUUGCAGCAAUCGCUGCGCCUCGAAGACGAAGACCUGAUCACGGCCCUCGUCACCGAACUCCUCACGAUGGCCAAGUGGAAGAAGUGGUUCCGCGAGUCGUGCUUGGAAGCGGUGCUGUCGUUUGUCGUCUCGAUGACGCCGGCGACGUUUACGACCCUCCUCCCGCUCUUCAGCGCGGCGCUCGAAGGCCCCGUCGCCUCCUUCAACGCCGACCAAGUCGCGUUCGCCAUUGGCCUCCACGAGUACCUCGCGUCGCACAAACUGCUCAAGACGCACGCGUCGCUGGUCGCGGCGACGAUCCUCGACCGCCACCACAUGGCGCGCCUCGUCGAGCCGCUGAAAGCGUCGUCGACGGUCUGCUACCCGCGCGUGCACUCGUCGUGGCGCCGGCUCCUCGACCACUUCUUUGCGAGCCCCAAGCUCGACGAAGAGCGCUUCCAGGAAGCGUGGACCGUCCUCAUUGACGGCAUGCUCAUUGGCGAAACGUCGACGCACGAGCGCCGCGGCACGGCGUUCAAGCUCUUCGAACUCAUCGUCGCCAAGGUCCCGGGCCCGACGCUCCGGUCGAUUCUGACGCCCCGCUUUGUCAAGUGCCUCUACAACAACGCUGUCUCGAAGAAGACGUACCUCCACGAAGCCGCUGUCGCGAGCCUCCAGACGUUUGCGGCCAAGAACCCGAUCGAGUUUUACCACUUUUUGCAGCACCACUUUGCGCAGCCGCUCACGAGCCUCGUCUCGCCGCUUGACGACGAUGCCACCGAAAGCGACCCGAAGCCGACCAAGACGUUCGAGUUUGAGGCCGUCAUGGCCAUGGAAGAGGAGAAGGAGCGCAAGGAGUACCAGGCCAAGCGCAUCGCCGGCGCGCGCAUGUGGGCGCUGGACACGAUGUACACGGCGACGCAGACGCUGCCCAGUACCGCGGAGGACAAGGUCUGGUCGUCCGUGCUCUCGUUCCUGCUCGAGCAUGCCUUUUACACGCACACCAAGAAGGCCAAGAAGACGACAAUUGUCGACCCGGCCGUCUCGGAGAACGUGACCGCGGCCUGCGGCAAGCGUGUGUAUGCGCUCAUGGGCCUCGGCAGCCACGCGUUGAAGGGCUCUUCGACGCUCGAGCAGAGCGUGCCGUUCCGCCUCUGGGCGACGUGGGCCGAGAUGGACAAGAAGAAGGACCUCGCGCUUGUCGAGCCGCUGACCAAGGAACACGCGGCCAAGAAGGCGAUUGUGAACGCGCAGAUCGCAUCGCUCUCGACGCAGUUGAAGGCCGCGACGGACAAGAAGGAGCAGCUCAAGCUCAAGGGCUUCAUGCUUCUCAGCGUGUGCGUCGGCCUCCAGCUGCUCGAUGCGUCGUCGCGCGACGAAGCCGCGUCCGUCCUCGACGAUCUUGAGCGCUGCUUGAAGGAGCUCAACGCGGCCACCAAGCCGAAGAAAAAGUCGCCGGCCAAAAAGGGCAAGAAGGCGUCCGAGGACGACGAGGUCCCGCAGCCGCUCACGGUCCUCACGGAUAUGAUGCUCAGCAUGCUCGCGCAAGAGUCGAGCGUCAUGCGUGAGAUCGUCAACCACGUCUUCCGCUCCAUCAUGGACCAGCUCGACGCGACGUCGCUCCAGAGCAUGCUGGAUGUGGUCACGGCGCCGGAAGAGAGCUCGAUGCUCUCGAUGGGCGACGACGACGACGACGACGACGACGAAGGUGCCCCGAUCGACCCGACCCAGCUCACGCAGCCGGUCGACAUGGAGGUCUCGUCCAACGACGAUGAGCAAAACGACGACGACGACGACGAAGAGGAAGAGAUUUCGGAGGAAGCCGCGCUCUCGGAGCUCCAGCGCGAAGACGCGGCGCUCUCGGCGCUUGUCAACAACGUGGUCGAGAAGAAGAAGGCCAAGCAGCAGGCCAAGCGCCUCAAGAUGGCCGCGCUCCACUUCAAGGUCCGUGUCCUCGACCUCCUGCACGCGUACGCUGCCGGCACGGGCCCGCACGCUGCCAUGCUCAUCGCGCCGCUCUUCACGGCCUGGACGUCCACCAAGGCGUCGACGGAUCUGAUCGUGUGGAGCGAGCGCCUCGGCAGCGUCCUCACCAAGCUCACGAAGCGCAAGGACGGGCACUCGAACGACCGCGCGGGCCUCAAGGCGGCGCUCGAGUCGGUUCUCACCACGCUCGGCGCGUCCAUGUGCGAGAAGAAGCAGGCGUCGGUGGCCGCGACCGUGAUCGUGUACCUCGUGCGCCAGCUCACGAAGGACGGCAAGACGGCCGACGUCGCGGCCAUCUUGGCGCCGAUCGUGACCUUGCUCUUGACCAAGAAGCACCAAAAGAUGCCCCGUGUGGUCUUUGACGACCUCGUCGCCAAGGCGCCGGUGCAGGCGACGACGCUUCUCUUCCCGACGCUCGCCGGGCUCUGCGUCGACGACAGCGCGGUCGAUGACUUCAACCGCGCCGAGGUCGCUCGGUACGUUACGGCGCUUGUCAAGACCAAGGGCAUGACGCUCGAGCUCCUCUCGCCGUGGAGCACCAAGCUGCAGAAGGCGUGCUUGGAGGCCAUGACCAAGGUCAAGGGCAAGCGCCUGAAGGGCGUCGCCGCCUGCGGCCAAGCGCUCUUGAAGGCGCGCAUGGACCUCAAGGACACGACGCUCGAUGCGCUCGCGCUCGCCGACGAGCUCAAGGCGCUCGACGCCGCCAGCCCCGUCGUGAAGGGCAUGGUCGCGCAGAUGCUCCAGCUGCUCGGCGGCCCCAAGGCGCCCAAGGACAAGAAGCGGAAGCGCACUUUGAGCCAGUAGAUGCUAAUAGACGACCCCUCAUUAAUCUAAUGUAUAUAGAUAUCAAUCUUUGUCUUG